AUGCCAGCAUCCUUGUCUCCAGUUUCAGUUCUUCCUGUGGAGUCAUUGGAAGGCGCAGAGGAGUCUGGAUCACAAGCGACGCCAGAAUCGGACAAGAUGCAUGAAUCCCUGUUCAUCGAUUCCUGCAGCGAGCACCUCGCAUUUGGGCGAAAGGAGACUUCAAGAAGACUUGCCUUCCUUGAUGUCGGCUGCAUCAAUCCCACGGAGGAUUCGCUUACGGUCGAAGGCUUGAUCAGCAUGGGUGCUUUUCUGAAGAACUCAGAGUCGCUUUUGGUCCUAUGGGACGAGACGUAUGUCGCCAGGCUGUGGUGCAUGUUCGAAAUGGCCGCUUUCUUACGCAGCAAAGGGCUGGGUGUGGGCACGGGGAAAUGCCUGGUGGUUUGGCCAGUGUUCGUGGGCCCCGCGUUGCUGGUGGGCCAACUGGCUGCCAGUAUCUUCAUCAUAGCGACGCUCAGAUUCAGUCACGCGGGGCUUUACGCGCACCUGAUCUUCCAAGCCACUGUAGCUUUCCCAUCUUUCUUGCUUCUCGCCUAUGUGGUCCUGGCACACUAUCACAAUGUCGAAGUGGUGCAAGAGCAAGUCGGCAGCUUCAGCAUCAAGGAUUCCGCGUGUUAUUGCUGCUCCCACAGUCAUGUCAAGGAUGGUGUAGAGAUGAUUUGUGACCGCGUUGUGAUCGUUCGCUGCAUUGAAGCUUGGUUCGGGUCUGUGGAGCACUUUGAGACUGCCGUCCGCGGCGAGGUGCGGAGAGCUAUGGUCCAUCAGCUCGCAAAUAACGUCUUUUCCUACUGGCGCAUUGUGCAAGCACUUGCUCCCACAAUGUGGUUGCACAUGGAUCUGUUGGCGCCAGACUUCACGGUCCACCUAUCACUUGUAGCUUGCACAUAUGUUUUCACCCUCUUGCCCAUCGUCGCUCUGAUUUGUCUUCGGAUAUGCUACGGGCUCCGUAAGUUUUUCCGUGGAAGCCAGUGCUGCAAAAUACUCCUAUCCACAGUGCCGCUCGCUGUCGGAAUACUGACUUAUGCGAUCUUCUUCUAUGUCGACAAGAUCCUUCUUCCACAUCUUCUCGACGUCCAAUAUUUCCAUAGUGAUCCAGUUCCUCGGACCGCCAUCGUGCUUGGGAUCUCGAGCGUGGCCACAGUCUUGUUGUGGCUGUGCUUGCCCUCGAUGUGA